AUGGAAUCACGAAAUGACACACAAAUUUCAGAAUUUCUUCUUCUGGGACUUUCAGAGGACACAGAACUGCAGCCCCUCAUCUUUGGGAUUUUCCUCUCCAUGUACCUGGUCACUGUGCUGGGGAACCUGCUCAUCAUCCUGGCCACCAUCUCAGACUCCCACCUGCACACGCCAAUGUACUUCUUCCUCUGCAACCUGUCCUUUGUGGACAUCUGUUUCACCUCCACCACCAUCCCAAAGAUGCUGGUGAACAUCCAGACACAGAGCAAGGCCAUUACCUAUGCAGGCUGCAUCACCCAGAUGUAUUUUUUUGCAUUAUUUGGAGCUUUGGACAACUUCCUUCUGGCUGUGAUGGCCUAUGACCGAUAUGUGGCCAUCUGCCAUCCGUUGCACUACAUGACCAUCAUGAACCACAGGCUCUGUGGAUUGCUGGUGCUGGCAUCUUGGUUCAUGAGUGACCUGAAUUCUUCAUUGCACAGCUUAAUGGUGUUGCGACUGUCCUUCUGCACAGACUUGGAAAUACCCCACUUCUUCUGUGAACCUAAUCAGGUGGUCCACUGUGCCUGCUCUGACACUUUCCUUAAUGACCUGGUGGUAUAUAUUGCAGCUGUGCUGCUGGCUGGUGGCCCCCUUGCUGGCAUCCUUUACUCCUAUUCCAAGAUAGUAGCCUCUGUCCGUGCAAUCUCAUCAGCUGAGGGCAAAUACAAAGCCUUCUCCACCUGUGCCUCUCACCUCUCUGUGGUCUCCUUAUUUUAUUGCACACUCUUGGGAGUGUACCUCAGUUCUGCUGUGACCCAAAACUCACGUUCAACUGCAACAGCCUCAGUGAUGUACACUGUGGUCACCCCCAUGCUGAACCCCUUCAUCUACAGUCUGAGAAAUAAAGACAUCAAGAGCACUCUGAAAGUACUCUUUGAGAAAAUAAAAAUGUCCCCAUUAUAG